GUUCAGAACCAUCAUCCAGAGUUGCACUGUCCUCCGGUGCUCAACACCACAAAGCUCAAUGCUCAACGUCCCGGAGCUCAGACUCUCCGUAUUCCGCUACUUUUGGACGUCCGAAUUGUACUCCCUGAGGCUAGUAUGUAGGUCAUGGUAUCCGGAGGCAGAUCAGGCGCUGUGGGAAUCGAUAGAGAGGCUCCCAACGGUCCUACGUUUUCUUCCGGAGGAUGCGUGGGAGCAGGACUAUGAUAUCUCCACCUUUGGAUCGGGGGACAAGUUGACGAUCCACAAGUCCCCAACAACUUUGAGGAUAUUACGGCCGCUUACGACAGAAGACUGGCUCCCCGUUGUCGGUCGCGCUCGCUGCCUGAAGAAUUUCCGACUGACACGUUUCUUGAAUGAGUGCACGAACGAGACCCUCGAGGCUGUCAUCGCGUGUCCUCCGCCACGCGUCCCUCUCUUCCCAGGCGCACGCACCGCGCAGCUCCAUCGCCCAUACCACGCCGGUCAAGAAACAUUUGUCUACCACCGACUCCUCCCCAUCCUCCUCCCCUCGCGCGGCAUAUCCAAGCUGAACUGCGCCGUCUACGAGAAAGAUGUCCCUGACGCGCACGCCUUCCUCUCGCACUUCGCGUCCCUCGAAUCCCUGGACAUGGUCCUGUGCUCGGGCGAGUACGCGUACCGACACUCGCGUGUCAUCAAUACCUGGCCGUACUUCGUUUACGAUCCCUCACACGACCCGGCCAAGCGCUACGAUAUCCGGUUCAUCGCGGCACUCAGGAUAUGCCCCAUUCUCCGCGAAAUCCACAUCAGCUUUGACCCGCGGAUUACCGCGCACAUUUUGGAGGCGCUCGCGCAGCUCCCCGCGCUCCAAUCGCUGCGGCUGCACUUUGGAAACCACCCGAACCCGUCUGAGAGCGUAGAAAGUAGCCUUGACAGCCCGUCGUACUCGUUCCCGGCCUUCCCCGCGCUGCGCUCUCUUACCGUCGACGGGCUGCCUCCGACGGCCGUGGCACAGCUGCUGUCGACGAGCACGCCUACGCCGCUGCAUGAUGUCCGCAUCGAUUGUCCCUACGGGCAUGGCUACCUGGAUCCAUCGCACAUGACGAAGGCUCAGCUGACUGCCCUGAUUGAGCUCGUAACCUCCCAGCUGGUCCCCUAUAGCUCCCUGCGCACGCUACACAUCGUCGGGCACGGGUAUGAGAGGUACACCCUCACUCUGGAAGACCUUCUCCCGCUGUCUGGAUUCCCAGAGUUGCGCGAUCUCAGUAUAGGCAUCAACUCAACCAACUUCAGCCUGGAGGACAGGGAUUGCGAGCGCAUGGCGGGCUGGUGGCCGCAUAUCAAAACACUCCUGUUAGGUCCUGAAAUCUGCGGUGCCGAAGAAGUGGAGAAGGUCUCUCUCCAGGCCCUUCUUCAUAUGGCAGCCCAAUGCCCUGAUCUGACUCACCUUCGGCUUCCUCUCGACGCCAACGUUGUGCCGGAGCUCGAGCCCGCGCCCGGUCCGUAUCCUAAGCUCUUCAUGCUCCAUGGCGGCGACGCGCCGAUUGACGACGCUGUGUGCGUCGGGGGAUUCCUCAAGGCGACAUUCCCGGCGCUGCGAGACCUGUGGUACGACGCUUUUCAGUACGACGAAGAAGCCGACAGGAGGGAGGCGGCGUGGGACGUCGUUUACGAGAUGCUGACGGGGAAGAAGAGGGAUUAUGGGCCGGAUUUCUCGCAAAUAUACGAGAAGAAGCUUGCCACUUCCACUGCUUCGAAGCAAGACGGGGAUGCGCCGGAAAGGUGGUAGGGUAGUAUGACUCUAUUCAAUUGCUGUACACUAAAUACUCAGUUCACGUGUGCAUGUUCCAUUGCCUCCAUGGCGCGGCGCCGUUGUACUUAACUUAGAAGUUCGACUUUCGGCCCGGCCGGCCGCGAUUGCGGUCACGGGAUCUGACGCGUCCAUUGUCAAUGUCAUGGCGCCUAUUGUUCUUGCCUCC